AUGACAGGUUCCGAUGAACAGUUGCGGGAUGCUGCUGAAAUGGAUCGUCAACACUUUAUUAGGACAUUGGCAGCCUUCAGAUUCUUUGGUUCACAUCUCCUCAAACGGGUUGAGCGUUCGCGUGCUUACUACCACUCUUUGCCUUCUUCUCAUCAUAAACUUAUCCGAGAGUUCGAAGAAAAUCUCAAGAAAGUCGAAGGAUGCAUUCUUCACAACAACAAUCUAGUUGGUGACAUCAUUCAGCACUCAGCUCCAGAUAUUUUUAAUGGAGAACAUGCUCCAGAGCUAAACGCUGCAAGUAAACCUCUUAACCAGUCAAACGCAAAGCUUGAUCAUGCAGUCUAUCCUGGGAAUAAAUUCGGCCCGUUCGCAUUUACCAACAGCGAUAUGGACAAGGUCCGGUCUGCACUAAAACAGUUUGUGAGAGAUUGGUCAGUUGAAGGGAAAGCAGAACGAGAUGUUUGUUAUCAAGUUGUGCUGAAUGAUGUUUGCGAGCUGUUUGAUCCAAAAACUGUAAACCCCGCAGAUGUAAAUAUCCUGGUUCCUGGUGCCGGCCUUGGUCGAUUAGCUUGGGAACUUGCUCAUCUUGGAUACACAUGUCAGGGGAAUGAAUGGAGCCUGUAUAUGCUUAUUCCAGCCUAUUUUAUCUUGAAUACCUGUAAACAGGUCAACGAAUAUAAGAUAUAUCCAUGGGUUUCUCAGUUUUGUAAUAAUAUGACUCGUGAGGAUCAGCUGGCUGCAGUUCAUUUUCCUGAUGUUUGUCCAGCAGAUUUGCCAGCCAAUAUACAAUUUUCUAUGGCAGCCGGAGAUUUCACUGAAAUUUACACGGAACCAAAUACCUGGGAUUGUAUAGCCACUGUUUUCUUCAUUGAUACAGCACAUAAUAUUCUUGAUUAUUUGAAUACAAUUUGGUGUAUACUUAAACCUGGUGGUUAUUGGAUUAAUUUUGGUCCACUAUUAUAUCAUUUCUCUGAUAUACCUGGUGAAGAAUCCUUGGAGUUAAGUUAUGCUGAACUACGUCUUGCAAUUGAACGCUUAGGCUUUAAAGUUUUACGAGAGAAAACUGGCAUCCAAUGCGGCUAUACUCGUAAUCCAUCUUCAAUGCUUUCUUAUAAUUAUGAUUGUGUUUAUGGUCUGUUUCAAAAACCGUUGACAGCAAUAACUACUUCUACUACUAUAUCGACAUCAACAUCCACGCCGAAAACCACAUGA